CAACCCUAGCGGCUAAUUAACUCCAGCUGUGAGUAUAACGUACGUCUACACGCGCGCAAUUAGCGAGGAAAGACCAUGCAAAGACGACAUAUUUACUUCUUACUGGGCGUCUUAGCACCUGUUAGCCUUAUUGGCUCUUCGUUAGCUCUUAGGAGAGAAAGAAAGUUAUCAAAAUUGCAAAAAGCGUCGACAUUAAACAAGUUUCCUGCCCCAGUCUUAAUGGGCCAUUUUCAGCGAGCAUCACCACCCAGGACGACAUCGCUUCCCGACGUUUCCGUCACCUGCUCCACCACCGACCUUGUUGUCCGAGUCAAGCCUUCUUUCUUCGGGUUCGGUGCGGACGAGUCGGAGCUCAAGCUGGGCAGCAACUGCAAGGGCACCGGUGUCCUCCGACCGUACGGGGACAUCCUCUUCACCUACCCGCUGACGGCGUGCGACUCCAGGCGUGAGGCGACGCGCGACUUUUUGAUCUACAAAUACAUCCUCCAUUAUGAACCUUCGAGCAAUAGGUUUCCAAGAAGGAUCAAGCCUCAGAUCGAUGUCGACAUUGAAUGUCGAUAUCAAAGGUACCACCAUGUGUACAAGCUGGCAGUCAAGCCCACAUGGCAAGAUGCUGUUGUGCGUAAAACCCUGAAAGCGCGUCGAGAUGUGUUCCUAAUCCAAAUGAUGGAUGAUUCAUGGAAGAACUCUGUCAAUACUCGGGUGUACCAACUUGGGCAGAAGGUUCAUGUCCAAGUCUCUGCUCCACAUCUGCCCGCUGGAAGGAAAUUGUACAUCGACAGCUGCCAUGCUUCACUAGCUAGCAGCUCUUCUUCAUCCCACAAAUACACAAUCAUUGGACAUUUAGGUUGCAUGCUGGACAGCAAGCGGUACCCAGGAGGGGCUUCUCAGUUCAUCUCUCACACAAACAAGACCUUGAGAUUCUCAUUCCAAGCUUUCCAGUUCAUUUCUGACCCAGACAAAGAGAUUAAGAUUCACUGCAAAUUAUUUGUCACAUCAGAGAAGCCAGGUCCAGCACACAAAUCAUGCACCUACAAAGAGGACAGGUGGAGGGCUCUCUCAGGGGACGACUCCAUAUGUGAGUGCUGUGAUUCACGAUGUGAGACCUUCAAGUCGCACAAAACCUUCCUGGAAGGUUCCGUAAGGAGUGCGUUGCUGGUUGCCGAUGAGCCGCUUGCAGAGGAAGGAUUACUGCCUGUCAGAAGACCAAAUCAUCUCCAACACCCAAGUGUGAAUGGAUCCAAGCAUGAUGAAGAUGAAGGAACAAAAAUGCUAAUUCUAGAAAAAAAGAAAGAACUUGCAGUCGAGAAAUUUGCCAACCCAAAGUGGAAAAAGUCAGAAGAGAGCGUUUCAAAUGAGUUCGGAGAAAACGGAUCGGGAUAUGAAGUUGAGGACGACUUUUCAGAGAAGUUAAAGGAAGAACUUGGAAGAAAGUUAGUCCAAGUCAAUCAAACAAAAGGGAAAGCGUUGCAUGAAUGGCUGCAGUCGCAGGGAAUGUUAGCGUCACAAGUCACACAGCAGAGAAAUGUGCUGCAAUUUGAAGACCCAGGCGACGAAGAAAAGCAUAAUCGCACACAUGGGACAAGAACACAAUUCUUUGAGGUCCACAAUGAUGAGCAAGGGGAUGACAAAGAGCAGACCUGGUAUUUCCCAUGGAGGUAGCUUCUUCACAUCUCAAUAAAAUGUCACAUUUCAGUUAAGGUGUUCAUUAUUUUGUCUUUCAACUAAGCACAGCACAUGGACAAUCUCCAAUCGGCUUGAGGUGUAUGAAAAAGACUAAGUAAUGAAUAUCGUGUUAACCAUUCCUGAACACUAAUACAGAAUAUACUUGGUAGUUCAUCGUUCUGUCCUACAGGUAUUCAGGCCAACCGUGAAAUAAGGGCAAGAGAAAUCUUUCAAUCAAAUGCAUUAACAAUCACAAUCUUAAUGUCCAUAAAUCUUUAUUCUUUCCUUUUUAUACAUGAUUUAUUACAUUAGUCUCUGAAAUAGGGUUCAAAGCAGAAAUAUCCCACUAUUUGAGCCAAAAGCAGCAAAUAAAUGUGUUCUAAAGGAAUUUCAGUAUAACUUGACAUUUACUGACCCCAGAUUACAUUAUGGGUCAUGAACACAUAACCUUAAAUGAAAGGGUGACAGUGAAUUUGUGAGAAAAGAACACAAAUUAAUAUAAGAGCUAUGCAUAAACACUUGAUUUAUUGGUCACAACUUACAUCCGUUGGGACCCUCUUUUUUUUCAACAACAGCAAAAAUAACUUAAGAUUCAUUUUCUGUCACAUGUUUUUGGAAACGUCUUUGGUAAAUGACAUCAACAUGCUAUAUUUACAGCCCAGCCCCCUUAAGUCCCGUUGUUGGAAUUUUGAUCCCACACUUAUUCAGCAGGACAUACGGUACAAUCGAUUUCAAACAGCAGGAAGCAGUACUUAUCUCUCGCAGCAGUAAAGCUGAGAACGAAGAAAACAUACUGUGUCUACAAAGUUACAUG